GGGGACGAUGACCAAGAGCCCGUUCACGGGUCGCGACAGCUACGAGCGCCUCGAGCAGCUGCAGGCGUUGUGCAGUAGCGCGGAGGUUGACGCGCUCCUUCUCGUCGGUGGCGCCGACGGCCGCUUCUCGCGCGGGUGUGCUGCGGCGCUCCAGUACCUCUUCCUCGGCACGUCGGGGCAAGAGCUCCUCGGCGAGCAAGUGAUUCCGCAGGCCUUCGAGACGCUCGACGACGUCGUCGUCGUCGUCACGCCCCACUCGGCCGAUAUCUUUUAUCCGCUCGACAGCGACAGCGCGACGUUCCUCCUCCCGCUCAUCUCGUGCUGGCGAAACCUCACCGAGCACGUGGCGCCCGACGACUUGCCGCAAGACGACCGCGAGCUCAUCAAGAUCCGAUCCUUCCGCGCCAUGGUCGCACCGUAUUCGCGCCUCGGCGUACCGAUGGGGUCGCCCGACAGCAUGGCGAUCGAGCGCUGGCCGCUCGUCCAAGCGUUUGGCUUGGAGAACGACGGGAUUCUCGCCUCGUCGGCUGCCCAAGGCUUCUUUACGAUGCAGCACGCGGCCAUUGACGUCGAGGCGGCGCUUUUUGCGCGCAUGCUACUCGUCGACAACUACUACGCGCGGCGCCUCGUGCUCGAGGCGACGCCGGCUCUCCAAGUCCACUACGAGAGCGCGCUCACCAAGCUCGACCACGCGUCCGACGCGUCCGAGCGCCACGCCAAGUCGGAGCUCGACUGGGGCGACGACGUCAUUAGCUUUUACGAGUUUGGGACGAUUCGGCACGCGGCGCGCGGCUUGUCGCCGGCCAAAGCCCGCGGCGCACGCGUGCUCUUUGGCACACGGACGCUCUUGCCCGAAACCGCGUCCAACGAGACGCUGCCCGACCACGCGGGAGUCGAGGGCUUCGCCGCGACGCACCUCCUGUGGACGGCAGAAGAGCCGCUCUCGGGCCUGCGCGUGGCCCGCACCUACAUGCUCGGGACCGGCCGCGUCGCCCCGCGUAUCGUCGACACCGAUGCGCUCGUGCAUCCGUCGUUCGAGAAGCUCGAUCGGUACGACGAUCUGCUCGACAAUUCCAAGGACGUGCGCUUUGUCCUUUCGCUGUAUGAAGCCGUGCUGCAGGCGCACACGGACGCCAUCGAUGCGUUUGUUGCCGAGGCCAAGACUCGUCCUCAGCCAUCGGUGAGCAACGUGCAAGCGGUGGCACUUGCGACGCUGCGCCAGCGCGUGGCGCCGCUGGAAGCGACGUACAUGUGGCCCGCUGCGUACUUGGACACGCAUUUUCACGUCACGCUCGAGUGCUUGGACGCCUGCGGUGAGCGUGUGGAGGAGACGACCGGAAAGUGGAGCCAGUGGUACCUGACGACGUCGCUCUCUUACGUGCCGAGUCAGUGUGCCAAGAAUGCAUCGCCGCUCGGGUCGCUUCUCGUCGGCGACACGCUGCUCUUGCAAAAGCCGACGAUGACGCAUCUGGUCGUGACGCGCGGCUUUGACUACAUCAAGACGUGGACGCAAGGAGGCAAGGAAGCGGACUUUGCGAGCCAUCUCGAUGACGCGCUCGCGUCCGAGCACAUGCUCGCCGACACGCUACGGCUUGGGAAGGAACUCGGGGACGCCAUUCCCAAAGCGCUCUUGCUCGUGCAGUGCCCGCACUGGCCGCUAUUGCAUGGCGUUCUCAAGACGUACACGAGCGGUCUCGUGUUCAAGAGCCCGAAUUGCAACCCGAUCGUGAUCUCGUUUGCGAACGACGUCGCGUCGCUUCAAGUGCUUUCGACGCCGGACGACGCGCUCCUCCUCCUUCUGAUCGAGUUCCGGGACCGCGACGCGAACCCCGUGCGCGCGAGCUUCCCGCUCUCGCUGCUCGGGUCGAGCGUCGCGCUACCCCUCGUCGCCAACUCGCGCAUGCAAGCGGAUGUGAUGCGCCUCUUGGACAUGUGGAAGGCAUCGCUCUUGCGUCUCGACAUUCCCUUCCACCGCCCCCACGACAACAGCCGUGGCGAGAAGGACGUACCCGCGCAGUUUAUGCCCGGCAUCCAGCGCGUGCUAUCACUGGAUGCUGACGCGGCGACAAAGGAGCGACUCUUUCCGCACUGGUACAUCUCGAAAGCUGUCACUCAAGUCUCGAGCUGGGCCAAGCCCAAGACAUCGUCCAAGCUCCUCGUUCCCAUCUCGGUCUUCCUUGGCGUCCCCGGCAGCGACGUCCACGAGCUCGCCCUUGCGCUCACCGACAUCUCGGGCGCCACCAACGCGUGGCAGCACGUGGUCGUCGACGUCCGUCUUGGGGACCAGCACUCCCUCGGGCGGACGGUCACGUCGCAAGUGCAUACGUCGAUAGCGACGGCGCUUACAACGAUCGCGGCGCAGUCGUCGUGGAACCUCCGCCCUCGCAUCCUUCUCACCGUCAUCGGCUAUGUGGACUGCAUGACGGUGGCGGCGGCCAUCAAGAUGCCGCCUACGCAGUGGGCCCUCCCGACCAAGCUGAGUACGCUCACGUGCUGCCUCUCGGGCGCGGCGCUUCUCCAGCCAAAUACGGCGAACCCGCUGCCCAAGCUCUGGGACCAGCUCACGGCGGGCUUUGCGACGCACGUUGUGCUGAGCAACACGGCCGAGCUCUCGCGCACGUCACUGCAUCGGCUCCGCACGCGCAUCGACGCGGCCAACCCGUUCGUGGACGUCUUUUGCCUCCGGUCGACCGUCUUUGAAGGCGACGUGACGGCACUCUUGGCCCUCGACGCGUUCGAUGUCACCGAGCGCCAAGCGUACCGCGACCGCCAUUUUCCGCACUGGAUCGCGUCGCCCGAGGCGUACUCGGUCGCUGCGCUCGCUGGUCACGCGAUCGGCUUUCGCAUUGGCGCCGCCAUCGACCGCGCGCGCUUCCUCGCGUGUCUUCAGCAUGGACUGACGCCGCACGCGACGCUCAAGUCGAUCGAGCCCUCGGGCGUGCUCAAGGCGGCGGCCGAGCUCAAGGGUCUCCGCUUGGCGCAGUCGCUGGCCAUGACCAAGGUGGCGCAGUCGCUAAAGACGCCCGGUAUUGCCCCCGAGCUGGUCGCUGCGCUCGCAACGAAGUGCGGCACCGUGUGGUCGAUCGAGGCGACGUUGACGUUUGCGGACGACAGCGCGCACGGGUACCAGUACCUCAACAGCGGUGUCAAGGCGACGCUCAAGCCCACGGCCGCUCCUUCCGCGGCAACGUGUUCGUUCCUCUUCACGGGCGUCCAACUCGAUGCGUCGGCCCUCAAGACGCUCCUGCUGGCGUGCUGCCCGACCAAGUACGAGACCGUGCGCCCGCUUCAAGGCAGCGUUUCGCUCGCCGAGAAGCGGCAAAUCCAAGCCGACCAUGUGCACGCCCCACUUCCGGACGGCUACGUCUAUGAUGGCACGCACUACUACGACUACUUUGGCGGCCAGUACGAGUUCCACCCGGCCAUCGACAGCUUUGUGCAAGCGUACGUCGCGUCUAAGAAGGACGUCGCGACGCGCCAGAACAACGAGCUCGAGCAGGACCGCCGGCGCUUCGAGGAGCUCACGGAGCGGAUCGUAUGAGUAGCAGCGGCAAUGUCAGCGCCAUUAGCUGUUGUGUUAUAUAUGUGCAUCUACCAUUGCCGCGUC